AUGCUCGACUUCUUCACCAUUUUCCCCAAGGGCGGGCUCCUGCUCUGGUGCUUCCUGGGCGUGAGCGACUCAUGCACCGGGCCCGUUAACGCGUUGAUUGGCUCAGCGCUGCUGCAGGAGCAGGGAGGUAACAACUCCUUCACCCAUGAAGCCCUCACACUCAAGUAUAAACUGGACAACCCGUUUGAGCUGGUGUUUGUGGUUGGUUUUCAGAAGAUCCUAACACUGACGUAUGUAGACAAAUAGAUAAAUGAUGUGCACUGGCUGUUUCGAGAGAAGUACCGCACAGAGAUUCAACAGCAAAGUGCUUUAAGUCUAUUGAAUGGCACUUUUGAUUUCCAAAAUGACUUCCUGCGGCUCCUUCCUGAAGCAGAGGAGAGCAGUAAGAUCCAUGCUCCCACUACCACGAAGAAAUAUGAAAAUUCUGAAAAGGCUAAGAAACCUGUAAGAUCCAUGAUUGAAACACGGGGGGGAAAGCACAAGGAAAAAGCAAAGAACAGCAAAAAAAAGGGGGGGGGAACCAAGAAGGAAGGUUCUGAUGGCCCUUUGGCUACCAGCAAAGCAACCCCUGCAGAAAAGUCAAGUCUUUCAGUGGGGGCUGAGAAUGGAGUAGAACUUUCCAAAGAGGAGCUGAUACGCAGGAAAAGAGAAGAGUUCAUUCAGAAGCAUGGGAAGGGACAACACAAACCCAGCAAGUCCAUGAAGUCAGAUGCUCCCAAGGAGAAGGGCAAAAAAGCUCCCUGGGUGUGGGAACUAGGUGGCUGUGCAAACAAGGAAGUCUUGGAUUAUAGCACUCCUACCGCCAAUGGAACAUCAGAGGCUGCCCUGUCUGAGGGCAUCAGCUUGAUUCGAGGGACUGGGCCUGGGGGGCAGCUUCAGGACCUGGAUUGCGGCAGCUCGAAUGAUGAAGGGGCCGCUCCAAACUCCACCAAACGUAGUGCUACUAAGGGAACUCUGGGUGGCAUGUUUGGGAUGCUGAAGGGCCUUGUGGGUUCCAAGAGCUUGAGUCGUGAAGACAUAGAAUCUGUGCUUGACAAGAUGCGUGACCACCUCAUUGCUAAGAACGUGGCUGCAGACAUUGCUGUCCAGCUGUGUGAAUCUGUUGCCAACAAGUUAGAAGGGAAGGUGAUGGGGACAUUCAGCACUGUGACUUCUACAGUCAAGCAAGCUCUACAGAAGUCCCUGGUGCAGAUUCUGCAGCCACAGCGUCGAGCAGACAUGCUCCGGGAUAUCAUGGAUGCACAGCGUCGCCAGCGCCCUUAUGUCGUCACCUUCUGUGGUGUUAAUGGAGUGGGGAAAUCUACUAAUCUUGCCAAGAUUGCCUUCUGGCUGUUAGAGAAUGGCUUCAGUGUUCUCACUGCUGCCUGUGACACAUUUCCUGCUGGGGCUGUGGAGCAGCUGAGAACACACACCCGGCGUCUGACUGCCCUACACCCCCCGGAAAACCAUGGUGGCCGCACGAUGGCGCAGUUGUUUGAAAAGGGCUAUGGCAAGGAUGCUACCGGCAUUGCCAUGGAAGCCAUUGCCUUUGCACGUAACCAAGGUUUUGAUGUGGUGCUGGUGGACACAGCUGGCCACAUGCAAGACAAUGCCCCGAUGACUGCCCUGGCCAAACUCAUUACUGUCAAUAUGCCUGACUUGGUGCUGUUUGUGGGGGAGGCCUUAGUAGGCAAUGAAGCAGUGAACCAGCUGGUCAAAUUCAAUAGAGCCUUGGCUGACCAUUCUAUGGCAACACCUCGGUUCAUUGAUGGCAUUGUCCUUACCAAAUUUGACACCAUUGAUGACAAGGUGGGAGCUGCUAUCUCUAUGACGCACAUCACAAGCAAACCCAUUGUCUUUGUGGACACUGGCCAGACCUACUGUGAUCUCUGCAGUCUCAAUGCCACGGCUGUGGUGGCUGCCCUCAUGAAGGCUUAAUGUGGCUCUUGCCUAAUACCAAAUUGCCGCUUUCCCCCACAAACCCCUUUUCCUGUAUCAAGAAUGUGCUUUAGAGUAUGUGAGCAACUUGUCUUCAGUGUAGUACAAUGGCAGAGUGAGGGAGCUCCAGGGGCUUGCAGCUCCUUCCAAUCCCACUCCCUUGUCAGCCCAGCCUCCAUCUGCAAGGAGGGCCUAAUCAUGUUUCAGUCACUGCCCACUGACCUUCUCCCUUCCCCACUUUGAGCCUCCUCCUUCCUACUCAGGCAUCC